AUGGCACCACACUGCAACGCCGGCGCUAGCAGCGAGGCUCGCACGGCGCGAACAGCCAAGUCCGGUUCACGAACCAGGGACGGCGACGGCAAAGGUUUCGACGGGCUAGCAGCCUACAAGGGUAGAGUGGGGAGGGGUCAGCCUCCAGCGAUGUCGCGCCACGGAGCGUCCUCCAGCGAAGACGCGGUCUUCGAGCAGGCCGGCGCCGCCCCCGUGCACUGCGGGCAACAAGGGCGCAUCUCCCCCUGGGAGCUUGGGACCUCCGUCUGCCUCCUCGGCGUGUUGCGACUGUCGUUAUGUGGAGGACCCACUGCCUUACUCUCUCCUCGCCGGCGCCCGGCCCGGCACUGCUGCCGCCGCCGUCGAAGAGACCUCACCAGCUCCGAGCGCGCCGUCAUGCUCGCGGUAGUGGUUCUGUCAGCGACGCUGCUGCUGUCGGGGCCGGCGCGGGGCAAGCAGCAGCCGCAGCUCGCGGCGGGCCCCUCCUCGUGGAACGACGUGGGCGACCCCCCUCCGGCGGUGCGCCUGGACCCCGAGCUGCGCAGAGCGCUGCUGCGAGCCCUCACCCAGCUGGAGCUGGAGGCACAGACCCGCGGCGCCGGGGAACAGCCGCCUCCCGAGCACCGCGACGACCAGGUGCAGGAGAACCUCAAGCGCGACCUCAAGCAGCUCAUAGAAAACUUCCAGACCGACGACGCCUUCAAAAACGCGGAGACGGAGGCAGACGUCGCAGGGGAUCAGAAAACGCCGGACGUCGAGAACAGCUACGGCGAAGGCGUGUCCGACAAAUACCGAGAUGACCUCGGCGAGAGCAAGUACCCGGAACAAGAAAACUUUCAGCAAGUGACUGAUUACGUCACCGACGAAAAUUCAGCAUCGCCAGGAUUCUCAGCUCCGGAUGAGGAAUCGCCAGGAUCAUCAGAAGCUCAAGAGAAUUUGAACGAGCCCACUCAAGCGGCCAUAUUUUACCAGAAUGUGGGACCCGAAGAUCAGGAGAAGACGAGCGAGUUGCAGCAAGAGGCCGAGAACGAUCCUCACCCCAAUGAUGUGGUCGCAUCGUCAGCUGAGACCCAAAACGCAAUGGAGGCUCUACCUCGGGAGACUGCACCUGCAGAUAUCCUAGUCACGCCCACCGCGUCUUCGGCAGUGACCAAACCAGGAGCCGACGAGGGCGAUGUUUCCAUAUUCCAAGCUCCGCUGGUGGCGGCGUUCACUCUGCACCAGGACGAGAACGGCCUUCCGACCAGCGUGAUUCCCCUCCUCGCCCCGCAGCCCACCGCGGCGACGGCGCCGGGUCUCGGGCAGCAGCGGCUGCUGCUGCUGCGGGAGCGCGAGCUGCUGCACAAGACCAGGCUGCUGGAGCAGCAGCUGGCGCAGUUCCAGCAGCAGAGGCUGCAGCAGCAGGUGUUCCUGCAGCAGCAGUCCUCGAGGAGGCCCCAGCGCCAGGAGACGGGCACGGGGAUCGUGGACUUCCAGCAGAGCAUCGAGUUCCCGCAGCAGGGCGGCCCGUUCUUCCAGCAGACCCCGGGCUUCUCCACGCUGCUGCCCUCGGCGCAGGAGAACGGGCUGGUGCCCCCUCCUCCUCCUCCAGGCUUCUUCCAGCGCCAGGCGCCGCCGUCGCCCGCCAGCCUGCAGGGGCUGCUGUACCGGGCCGGCGUGCCCGGCGCGCCCCCAGAGGACCUCAGCAUCGUGUCCAAGGUGCUGUCGCUCAACCACCUGCGCCGGCGGUCCUCUCCGUCCGACAGCUCCUGAAGAACAACACCCUUGUCCUGGGACCAUACAUGAUGUCAGUGUACAAAAAACAUAUAGUUGUAAGAUAUAUUACUUGUUAUUAAUUUAAUUUAGUAUUUAUGUUGUAGCCUACUAGCAGAUUUUUCAGUUUAUCAGUGACACGUCAAGAUAACUGUUAUACAAUUUUUUGAAAAAUUUGGGUAUUUAGCAAACUGAUUACAAUUACCUAGUUUAAAUAAACUGUUUUUAUUUUUUUAAGAAACACGGACGUAAUUUUUAAGCUGUUAUAUAUAUAUAUACCAAGUUUAGUGGCGUUAAUAAUUUGUACUUUUCUACUCAUCUGGAUUAAUGCCGUUACACAAUAUGUUGUUUUAGUCUCUAACCCAGGAAUGAUAUGUAAUGAAUCUUGUGCCAAUACAUUACAUGAAAAUUACCAGAUGGCAUAAUCAGGCUAAAAAAAAAAUUCUAAUCCGUUGUAGUAUGUUUGCUUGCCAGUAGGUAUUUUUAUAUGUCAUUAAAUUAAUUUUAUUAUGUGUUAAAUCGUGUCACAAUACUGAGUUAUUAACAUUGUAUUCAUAUAACAUUAACAAAGAACGAUCAAAACUAUGCUGCUCCAGUUAAAUUUUUUGUAUUUGAUGUAUUAAUAUUUUGUAAAUAAAGUUAUUUCUUAAGAUUUUUA